AUGGUCUUCGGCUUCGGAGGCAACAAGACACACAAGGCUGCAGAUGGUGCAGAGAGCCCGCAGUCUGGUAUGACGCCGCUUUCUGAGCUCGGAGGUUCCAAUAAAGUCCAGCAGCUCAAGGCCCAGGUGCGGCAAGAGAUGUCUGUAGCACAUGCCCAAGACCUCGUUUCCAAGAUGACAAGCGCAUGCUUCGACAAGUGUGUUCCUAAUCCCGAGUCUUCCUUGACGGGAGGCCAAAUCAAAUGCAUCUCUCAGUGCAACAAUCUCUACACACAAGCCUGGGGCGUCAUCCAGCGUAGUUACAUCGAGCGUGUGCAACAAGAGCAGAGCGCGGGAAACCUUUAG